GAAAACGUCUCUCAGAAAGAAAGAAAGAAAGAUGCGUCAAACAAAGAAGGGCUUGAGUCUCGUUUACGCCAAAGGGAAGGGUGACUCGCGGGGUUGAGGGUGUCGUCCUUUUUUUUAAUUCCUGGGUGUCUUCCAAAUCCCAUGGCUAUAAGAAAGAAGAAGCAUCCCUUUCCUCUAUAACCAACAUCCUCUUCUGUUCCUCCUCUCAGUCACUUCUUCUUCCUCGGAAGUCAGGAUUUUUCUUGAAUUUAGCCCAAUUUGACUGUGAGUGUGUGAGACGUGGGAGAGUUUCCACGGAAAGCUUACUCCUACUCACUGGGAGAUAUGGAGAAGUUCAAUUUUGUUAAGAAUGGAGUUAUCAGGCUACCUCCCGGCUUCCGAUUCCAUCCCACCGACGAAGAGCUUGUCCUUCAAUACUUGAAGCGAAAGGUCUUUUCCUGCCCAUUGCCCGCUUCCAUUAUCCCUGAAGUCGAUAUCUACAAGCAUGAUCCUUGGGAUUUGCCAGGUGACCUGGAGAACGAGAAAUACUUUUUCUGCACGAGACAAGCCAAGUAUCCAAAUGGAAACCGAUCCAAACGCGCCACUGGUUCUGGUUACUGGAAGGCCACUGGCUUAGACAAGCAAAUUGUUGCUUCAAGAAGCAACCAAGUGGUGGGGAUGAAAAAAACUCUUGUUUUCUACACAGGGAAGCCUCCUCGUGGGUCUAGAACCGACUGGAUCAUGCAUGAAUAUCGCCUCGUCGGCGCUGGAACAACAGCUUGCAUUUUCCCACAGCGGAAGAACUCGACCCAAAAUUCCAUGAUGCCAAUGGAAGAUUGGGUACUCUGUCGCAUAUUUCUCAAGAAAAGAAAUACCAAUAAUAUCGAGGACGACAUCUCCAAACACUACAACGAAAACAGAGUGCGGAACCCCGUGAUUGCUAGGCCUAGUUUCAUUGAUUUCAUGAUGAAAGAUAGGAACAAUUCAGCUCCUUCUUCUUCUUCUUCUUCGUCUUCAGGUUCAAGUGGGAUCACCGAAGUCUGUUCUAGUGAUUCCAACCGCGAAGAAAGCAGUAGUUGUAAUAGUAGUUUUUCCUCUCCUUGUAGAAGAGAUGCAUGAAACGUUUUGCAUUGAGCCUGUUCCAGUAGUUGAGCUUUACGAGUUUCAAUGAGAAUCUCCAUUCCAAGUAUUAACUUCAAAUUCUCCAUCGUUUCUGUAAUCUCAUGUUGCCCACCGUUGAAGAAAUUGAACUCGAUAGUAUUGAGGAAA